AUGAGCAUAUCAAUCGGUCUGUGUGCGUGCGGAGUGUCGGCCGUCUUCUUUGGGUCCAUGUUCGUCCCAAUCAAGAAGUUCGACCCCAAAGAUGGAAUGUUUGCCCAGUGGGUGAUGGCGUCUGCGAUUCUGCUGAUCGGUUUCGCUGUUUUCUGCGUUAAAGGCUUUCCCGGCUUCUAUCCGUUGGCCAUGGUUGGCGGAACAUUCUGGAGUAUCGGGAACGUAGCUGCGAUUCCGACCAUUUCAAGAUUGGGCAUGGCACUGGGUAUACUCAUCUGGAACACAUCCAAUUGCUUGACUGGUUGGGCCAGCGGAAGGUUCGGCCUGUUUGGAAUGAAAGCUAAUCCACCCGCAAGUAGUGCCCUUAACUACAAUGGGCUGGUCUGUGUGAUUGCAGGAGGGAUUCUAUUCUCACGCGUAAGAAGCGAAAAAGAUAAAAAGGCGGAGAGAAAUGGUGAUUUGAAUAUGAUAAGCGUUGAGGAAAGGCGACUUGGUUUUCUAUCUUUGCAACUCGGCUUCGUUCUGGCGUUGAGCUCCGGCCUAUUUUAUGGUCUCACUUUCGUGCCGGUUAACUACAUGAUGGACAAUCCGGACAAGUUUCCCGACUAUCCACAGGAUGUCCUAGCCUAUGUAUUCUCACACUAUUUCGGAAUUUUCUUCACUGCUUCUACCAUCUUCAUCGGCUAUGCGAUCGUUAAAAAAAAUCGACCAGUUGUUCCGCCGUCCAUUUUCCUGCCGGCAUUCGUUGCCGGAUUACUCUGGGGCAUUGCACAAACGUCGUUCUUCAUCGCAAAUCAGCAUCUUUCCCAAGCGAUCACCUUUCCGAUCAUUACAAUGCUUCCUGGAUGCGUUGCUUCCGCAUGGAGCAUAGUGUACUUCGAAGAAAUCAAGGUUAGCGAAAAAUUCACAGGACAAUUUUUGGGUUCCUAA